AUGUUGAAGGGUUUGGCCACAGUUGUUGUAUUGUUGAUGAUUAUUGCAACAGACACUGUGCAAGUGCAAGGUUUUCCCAGUGGGAAGAAAACUGUGCGUGUUCAAAAUGAUUUGGAUGGUGGUACUCUUCUUUAUCUCCAUUGUCGAUCCAAGGACAAUGAUCUUGGCUUGCAUGUUCUUGCCACUCAAACCUAUCAAGAAUGGUCCUUCCAUGAUAACGUUAGUGGUACUACUCUCUUUUGGUGCAAAUUCCAAUUUGAUGGCGUCGCCGAAGUUAGCUUUGAAAUUUACAGUGCCAAAACCGAUGAUUCACAGUGUGGAUCCCAAUGCUGGCGAAGUAUUAGAAAAGAUGGAGCCUAUUUUUAUGAUGAGUACAAAAAGAUUUGGGUCCGAAGAUACUCAUGGUAA